CUAUUGUUGCAUUUAUAAAACUGAUUGUUUAAAUCCUGUAACAAGUCAUCCACUUAGGUGUAACUUAUACACGUUAGAAAAUUUUAUAUAAAUAUAUAACUGCAUUUCUAAACUCAUAUCAAAACUUAAGUUGCCUUAUAAAUCUAUAAGCUUUAUAAAAGUGGGAAGAGAGUAGCAAGAUGUCUCACGGAGGAGUGAAGAGUGCAAACGGGAAGGGUGCGCACGCGCCGGUGUCGUCGCGGGAGAGCUCGGAGAGUCCGCCGCCGCCGCCCGACGGCGGCUGGGGCUGGAUGGUGGUCUUCGCCUCCUUCAUGAUACAUAUAGUCACCGAUGGCAUGACCUAUUCAUUCGGUGUCUUUUACGAUGAGUUCCUGGACUUCUUCAACGAGGGUUAUGCCAAGACCGCCUGGAUCGUCUCCAUACUCGUCGGGGUUACACUCAGUUCAGGUCCGAUUUCAAGUUCAUUCGUGAACCGUUGGGGCUGUCGUCUGGUGACGGUGGGCGGGGCCUUGCUGGCCGCCUGCUGCGUCACCUUGUCGGCCUUCGCGGGCAACGUGCUGACGCUCAUCUUCACCAUCGGCGUGGGCACCGGCUUCGGCUGCGGGCUCAUCUACCUGCCCGCCAUCGUCAGCGUCACUGUCUGGUUCGAGCGGUAUAGGAGCCUUGCUACAGGCAUUGCGGUGUGUGGUUCGGGACUUGGAACGUUUAUUUUUCCGCCAUUGACAAAAGGAUUAAUCUCCAUUUACGGUUGGCAAGGCGCCAUGGCCAUUAUAGGUGCCCUUAUAUUAAACUGCGUGCCACUGGGACUCAUGUUCCGACCAGUACCCGAAGUGCCAAGAACACCGGUCAGCGAACCGAUGCUUCCGAAACAAAAUAAAUCACCACUGAAAAGGUCGCAAAGUACUGAGCACGUGGCUCGAGCAAACGGGCAUGCCGAAGACGGCGAUGUGGCUAGACUAACUCUCUCGCAGCCCGCUCUGAACAAAUCUCAUGGACAUAAGCAUCAUUCGCAUUCGAGACAUGGCAGUGGCAUCAUGCACAGACCAGAUGUAUUAUAUCAAGGAAGUAUGACGAGCCUUACAAAAUUCCGAGCUUCAUCUCCAGAAAGAAUUCAUCAGUCUUUGACCAGAGACGAAGUCGAUGAAGAACGGUGUGGAUGGAUGCCAUGCUCCUCAGAGUCUAAGUCCGCGUUACUGGAAAUGCUCGAUCUGUCUCUGUUGGUGGACCCCAUAUUUGUAUUAUUCUCUGUAUCAAACUUUUUGACUAGUAUAGGAUUUUAUAUACCCUAUGUUUUUACUGUGAACAUGAGCAAGAACUUGGGCGUGGCGCACCCGGAAUAUUUGAUAUCUAUCAUUGGGGCAUCGAACUUGAUCGGAAGGAUAGUUCUCGGUUUUAUCAGCGACAAACCUUGGGUGAAUCGAUUGCUGGCAUACAACAUGUGCCUCACCAUAGCAGGCAUUAGUACGGCAUUAGCAGCAGUGUGCACAGAGUUCUGGGGACUAGCCAUGUAUGCAACGACGUUUGGUUUUACUAUCGGAGCAUACGUGGGGUUAACGUCAGUGGUACUGGUGGACCUUCUCGGGUUGGAUAAACUUACUAAUGCCUUUGGCCUCUUGUUGUUGUUCCAAGGCAUCGCGUCUCUCAUCGGGCCGCCUCUUGCAGGAUGGCUACUUCGCGUGACGGGCACGUUCGCGCCAGCCUUCUACUCGGCCGGCGCCGCCAUCUCGCUGAGCGGGCUGAUCCUGUUCGUGAUCCCGCUGCUGGAGCGGCGCGCGGGCGCCGCGCGCGCGCGCUGGCCGCAGGAGCUGCCCCUGGAGCACAUGUAGCACGCCGGCGGCGGGCCGCGGGCGCGCGGGUUCCCCGCCAUCGUGCUGCACUCCCCCUCCACCCCCUCCUCCACCGCCUCCACCGACGACUCCUUCAGCAACAGGGUAUAUUCUACUACAAUAAUAGAGGAAAAUGAUUUUUAUAUCGAUGAAAUUAGAUAAGAACUUGUAAAUAUUGGUUAUCUCGAUGGAUGAAUGUGAUAAAAGUUUUGAUGACUGAACCAUCGAACUCAUUCCAAAGAUAGAAUAUAAAGUAUGAGGAAAGAUGAAUAAUGUGAAUAGUGUUUAACGAAAAGGUGCAAUAAUGUUACUUUAUUUUAAUCUGACUAGGUAGUUGUGAAUAAAACUAUAGGAGCCAAUUGUUUCUAUAUUUCGAUUUCGAUUAGCUAUAAGAAAUUUAUGAGUUGUAUCUAAUAUAAUACUACCUUAACAUAUUAUGUGACGUAUGACGUACAAUUGCUUAAAUACUAAAAAUAAUAUAUUAAUUAAGUACCUACAAUAAUGUGAAGUGUUGAAAAUGAAUGCGUGGUUAGCUUCAAACAUGGCCUUAAUGCGGACCAAUCGAGAUUAGAUUGUAUGGUGAGGUCCAACAUGUAUGUAUACUACCUACCUACCUACCACUACCUGGCAAUCAAUCUACGAUGCCUAUUGUGAUCACUGAAGUCUGGUACAUAGUAACAUCAUAUAUUCAGUCUUUAGACAAUUACUUACCUACUGCAGUUUACGUUCUACGUGAUCUUCCAAGUUGUGUUCAGGGUUCCGAUUCGACUUGAGAAAGUAACAGAAGCUGAAGUGGCUCCGUUACAUUUGUAUGAUCUUUAAAAAAACGUCUUUUUUUUGGGAAUCGAUGAAAAAUCUAGUCUAUGUCCAUAGGUACCAGGACGAAUUGCUGUAGCCACAUGGCAAUCAUGCGGAAGUCACCCCAUUUUAUGUUACUUUCUCAAUUCGGAUUGCCCCCUUGUAGUUUAAGAUGUUAUUUUAAACGUAACAAAUUUAUUUUGUUUGUUUUGCGAAAUAUAUUUAGUUAAAAUAUUGAACUUGUUGAAUGUAAAUGUAUUUGACUGAAACACUUAGAUUAGCAUUAUAUCGUUUACAAUGAACUGUUCUGAUAUUCUUCGUACAAAUAUUGUGUCUCUAUGUAUAUUGUUAAGUCUUAAUAACGUAUGGAAUGCGAUCAACUUGUACAUUUCUUAUGUACACGUAUCAUAUUAAUAUAUAUGUACUGGAAUUGA